UCCCCCCUCACCGUUUCACUCUCUCUCUCUCUCUCAUCAACUGCAAGAACUAACUAAAAGCAUCCAAUUCUGCUCCUUCCAGUCAUGCUUCGGCUGCAGUCAUCGGCAAUGUCUUCCGAUCCCCUCUCUCUCCCUCCUCCACCUCGCCGCCGCAUCGUCGUAACUCUCUCUCUAUCUACACUCUCUCUGCGCGAUGCAUGCGAUGUUCUUCUCGGUCGAGCGCUCGAAGCUCGUCUUCUACCGCGAUCGAUUUCGAUUGCAGCGGUCAAAACGUGAUUCGCGAAUGUCCUGUGCGGGAGCAGGUAGGGUGCGGGGCGGUGUCGGCGGAUUUCCUGGCGGCCGUGGCUUCUUAUCCCAAUCCCGACGACAAGAUCAGAACCACCGAUCUGAAGUUUCAAGGAGGCGGAAAUGCGGGAAAUGCUUUGACUUGUGCUUCUCGUUUGGGUUUAAAACCAAGGCUUAUUUCAAAGGUAGCUGAUGACGCUCAGGGCAGGGGAAUAUUAGAAGAGCUAAAGGCUGAUGGUGUAGAUACUUCUUUCUUCAUUGUGUCUCCGGAUGGUAACUCCCCAUUCACUUAUGUCAUCGUUGAUAACAAGACUAAAACACGGACUUGCAUACAUACCCCCGGUCAUCCACCCUUGCUACCAGAUGAACUUCCUCUAUCAAGUUUGACAUCUGCUCUUGAUGGAGCAAGAAUCAUUUUCUUUGAUGGAAGGUUUCCUGAAACUGCUUUAAAGAUUGCACGAGAGGCCGUCUCCAAGCAUAUACCAAUUUUAGUGGAGGCAGAAAGGUUAAGAGAGGGAUUGGAUGAUCUUUUGAUAGUGGCUGAUUAUGCAGUGUGCUCAGCAAAAUUUCCCAAGGCCUGGACAAAUGGAGCAUCCACCGCAAGGGCACUGCUUUCCAUGAUGCUGAGGCUGCCAAAUUUGCAAUUUAUUAUAGUCACCAUGGGUGAAGAUGGAUGUAUAAUGCUUGAAAGAAGUGUGGAUGAUGAUCCUGACUCUGGAGAAGAGGAUGUGGACAGUUUGUUGGACUCUCUGAGGCUGAAAAGCCCUAAUUACAUGACACUGCCAACAUGUAUUUUGUCGCCAAAGAUGAAAUUGACAGCAAAGGAGAUUGGGACAGUGAGUGGAAGGUUAUAUCUGGGAACAGCCGAAAAUAUACCACCACCAGAAAUUAUUGAUACAACAGGGGCUGGGGAUGCAUUCAUAGGAGCAACAUUGUAUGUUCUAGAAAACUCUGCACUUAAAAGUAUAACUUGUCUUAAGUGAGACAACAGCCAGAUUCCACUUAGAUAUUUCAGAGGUUUCUAUUAUUCCUUUUCACCUAUAUUUGGUGAUUUUAUUUUAUUGUUUUGUGCUAUAAGUUCAAGAGAUAAUCAUCACAUGGAACGGUCAUGUCAGUCUAUAAUCAAAACAUAAUGUUAAUCGUCUUCAUCACCGGAGAUAUAUUGGUUUGAGGCUCUCCGUUCUCCGGAUUUUCACUGAUGGAACUUUGACCGAAGCACGCACUGAUUUCAUAUGAUGAUUGAGUCUCUGUAAGGUUGAUAUGGUCAUGGAAGAAGAUGGUCUUUUGAUUUAUUCGGGUCAAGCUUUUGCUUGAUUAUACAACGCCAACAUGAAUGUCUAAUUGGCUUUCAAUAUUCUCCAUAUCUCUCUUUGGACGUCCAAACUUUGGCUUUGUAAGUUUUUCCACGACUGACUCUACAUCUGAUGUCCAGAUAACAAACUACACAGUUUGUUGAGUUCAAGAAUGCUCCCUUCGUUGUAAUUAUUGCUGAUGCUUACAUUCAUUUCAGUUCUUUCUUUCAAUUAU